AUGCCGUUCACCAAGUACGAGCAGGAGGGAGUUCAUACUUUGCUUCAGUUCUAUAAUCCUUCCCUUCGCUGCUUCACGUUCACCGACUACCUUUUGGUUCCAACAUUAGAAGAGUAUUCCCUGUUUCUUGGCGUUCCUAUAGGGAAGGAAGUACCAUACUAUGGCACCAUGGAAGCUCAUACUUCCUUGGAGAUUUCUAAGGCUCUUUAUUUGAGCAAGUCGGACGUGGAAGCAAAUCUCACCAAGAAGGGAGGAUGUCUUGGUUUUCGCAUGGAGUUUCUGGUCAAAAGGGGUUGUGAUGCUGCUGAAGCAAAAGAAUGGGACACAUUUAGGGCUAUCCUGGCUCUAAGUAUCUAUGGUAUCAUGAUGUUCUCAAACCGUGGUGCUUUCGUUGAUAAUAGGCACACAUAUAAGUGGGCUGAGAGGAUUAUGGGGCUUAGGGCCAAAGAUAUUGUCUGGCACAAUAGAUCUUUAGAUAGCAUGGAAGUUAUUAUGAGUUGCGGAAAGUUCAAAAAUGUACCUCUCAUGGGUCUUAGAGGUGGAAUCAACUAUAAUCCCAUCCUGGCUAGGAGAACAUUUGGAUAUGCUUUUAUCAGUCCCCCUGAGCAGACAGAAAUUGCUGAGAAUAUUUUCUAUCAUUCAACCACCGACAGUCGGCAGAUGGCAGAAGCUGUACAAGCUUGGAAGAGUAUUUGUUGGAGAGAUAAGAAACAUUUUGGUCAGAGAGAUUGUGCUACUUACGAGGAUUAUACUAAGUGGGUCGAAUCUGUGGUUGAUGCUCAAGGGAUGCCUUUCCCUCCUAAAGAUCCUUUGUACCCCCUGCUGGUGAACAACCCAACAUCGUCUCCAUGCCUCGUUAUAACCAAACUGUGGAUGAGAAUCGAAGUUUGA